CUCUCUUUUUCUCUCCUUUUCCCGGCAUAACUUGUGCGUGGUCCUAAAGUCCAUAACCUGUUUCAUCCAUAAAGUAUAGUUUGCUUCAGUACCUAUUACUCUUACUAGUUUCGAAUUAUAUUCAAACUAAAAAAAAGAAAAUGUCGGGAAGAAGAUCACGUUCGAGGCAAGUAUCAGGAACUUCAAGGAUCUCAGAAGAACAGAUCAAUGAUCUCAUUAUCAAGUUGCAGCAGCUUCUUCCUGAGCUCAGGGACAGUCGUCGCUCCGACAAGGUUUCAGCAGCGAGAGUGUUACAAGAGACGUGCAACUACAUAAGGAAUCUGCACAGAGAGGUUGAUGAUCUAAGUGAGAGGCUAUCUGAGUUACUUGCAAAUACAGACACUGCUCAAGCUGCUUUAAUCAGAAGCUUACUUACCCUAUAAUUCAUAUCUUCUUCUUCUUCUUCUUUUCUACUAAUAAUAAUAAUAAUAAUAAUAAUAGUAUGUGGAUUUGUUUUUCUAUAGAUGAUAUGACCUUAUAGAUUUUGAUGUUAUGAGUUAGUCACUUCUGUGUCGGUCAUA